UUCAUCUUGAAUAUGAUUAUGAUUUCUAAACCCAAGGUCGACGUGGACGGUUUUGCUUCUAGUCGUUUUCUUACAUCAAUUGCCUGUGUGUGUGUCUGUAUGUCGUUUUCAAUAUUUUUACAUGAUAAUCACCUGCUUCAACGAGCCGAGUGCUCUCUAAUGUUUAACUCUGGUCAAGAACACUACAGUGACACAAUUAAGUAGUGUAUACGUCAGUUGUGUGACUCGUCUGUCUACAUGAUCUGAUCUUCCGAUAAUUCGUUGAUGUCCACCAGUCCCGAGUACGCCUCCGCAGUGCGCGUACUAACCUCCAGCUCCAGCAGCUCAAGAAGCAUGACAAGCCGCUCCGUUGCCGACCGCGUCGGCGACAGCGGACAGGGGCGGAGCUCGCCGAGCCAAGUCCGAAUCGACCUCGGUAUGCAUUGCAAAACAAGUACUAUCGCACUCAUUAGUCGUUACAAACUGAAUCUUGCGUGACAGAUUUGCUCGCGGUCGCGGCUUACCUGAAUCCGCAUCACAAAUUCCUUUUUUCCACCUUGCGGAGGACAAAUUUGUACAUACGUUUUUACUACAAACUACCAAGCGAUUGCGCGAUAUUAAGUAUUUUUGCAAUGCACAUCCGAUGCACUCGACCGAGAAGGCGAUGCAGCAGGAGGAUCCACGGGUGCUGCCUCGACGACCACCAAAGGUGUGGGUGUCGGUGGGGACUGUCACUUCUCCCGUGCGUAUGAGAACAGCAAACUGAGGAACCGGCUCGAAGUGAUCGAAGGGAUUCGGGGGGAUCUGGAGUCCGAAGACGUGGAAGUGCCGGGCGUGAUUGUGGUGGGAAACCAGUCCGCCGGGAAGAGCUCGGUGCUGGAGGCAAUUUCGGGAAUCAAUUUUCCGAGGGGGGAAAACACCUGCACGCGGUGCGCCUCGAUUGUGCGGCUGGAGUGCCAUCCGGCGGAGGCGCAAGAUGAUAGGCCCUACGCACUGCUUUCCUGCAACGACGCGGAGCAGAAGCAGGCACAGAAAAUCUACGAUUUCGCGAAAAUCGGACAACAAAUCGACGCCUUGACAAAGAAGCUCGGCGAGGGCCGCGACAGCGGGACCAUCCUCGGCGACGACGUGAUCUACAUCACAGUGCGCAAUAAGUCUGGCCCCACCAUGACCUUGAUCGACCUCCCCGGGCUGACGUUUGUGCACAAGACACAGAAAAACAUCCACGACGUGACGGUCGAACUCAUUCGCAAAUACAUCAAGAACGAGCAGGCUGUGAUUUUGGCCGUCAUCCCGGCGACCGAGGAUUUUGGAAAUUGCGAGGCCUUGAACUUGGCCUCCGAAGUGGAUCCCGAGGGGGAACGGACGCUGGGUGUGGCGACUAAGUGCGACAUGAUCAGCGAAGACUCAGAUCUGGUGCAGAAGUUGACCAUGAGUCGCAGCUCCGACAUCAAACUCAAGCUUGGUUUCGUCGGGGUCCGGUGUCGCGGGCCGGCGGAGGUGAAAGAUAAUCUGCCCUUCGACCAGAUGGCGGUCCGGGAAAGGGAGUUGUUCACAACGCACAGAGCCUUCACAAAGAACAUUACUGGCACAACAAGCAAGAAGUUCCCGCGGCACUGUUGGGGCAUGGACACCUUGGUGGCGAAAAUCUGCCAAAUCCAGGAACAGACCGUGGAAAAGUGGCUCCCGCGGGUGAAGCUGCAAAUCUCCCAGAUGAUCCAGCAAAAGGAGAAAGAUCUGGACCAGUGGCCGCUGCCCUGCCCGGAUUUCUCCAGCAAACGCAGGCGUCUGCAGGAGAUCAUCUUCGAAAUCGACCGGAAGUGGUACGACUUAGCCUCCGCCUUGGAGUUUCGUGAGGACGAUCCCAGUAUGAACCUCUCCGCGAGUAUGGCCUGGAAAUUUUAUAACCAUUUCAUCCCCAUCCAAUUUUUUGCUAUGGUGCAAUAAAACUACAUGCGUAUUAAAGUGGUGUCCUUGAUGUCAUGCAAAAGAUGGAUGGGGAUGGGUUUCGUUUGUUUCUCUCGAUAGCGAGGGUCCGCGGGAUCUUCGCGCGCAUGCGCAAUUCGGUGCGGAAAGGACUGCCGAAGUUUCUCGACCCGCAGGCGCAGAAGGACAUCGCCAAGUUGCUCAAAGAGUGUAAAGCGCACGGGUUGCCGAAUUUUGUUUCCGAUAGCGUCUUCUCGCACAUGAGCCGGAACCAAAUCUUGCCCCACCUCAGCCAGAACGCCAAACACCUGAUACAGGAGGUACUUCUAGGGGCCUUUUUUUUUGCAACUCAUAGAAGUCCGGCACUUCUGUUCCUCGUGAAUUGAUGUUGAUGCCAUGUACUUCAUGUAGUUGCAGCUGCGUAAAUAGAAAAACUAAAGAAGGCACCAGGGGAACAGGAUCGAGUGGAGAUUAUUUAGCACCUUUGAACAAAAAUUCUACUUUCUUCGUGUAAAAUGAACUUCAUAAAUAUAAAUUGCAAGAAACAGAUCUCCAACUAUAUGACAAUCGUUGUUGGUGUUUUGGCGUCGGAAUCCACAAAGGAAUACCCGAAGCUGGCAUCCGAAUUUCAACUGAUCGCCGGCGAGGUGAUCCAAAAACAAACCGAGAAAACGAAGGAGCAUGUGUUGGAGCUUUGCGAGGCCGAGAAUCUGGUCUAUGUCUCCGAAGAAGACCGGUACAUGGAGAUCUUAAACGACAUCAGCCAAACCGUGAAGGCGGUGGCGCCCCUGCUGAUCAACACCGGGAGCACGAAGUAUAACGGCCUGGGCGCAGUGACGAACGCCGCCAACAACGCAGCUGUCGGGGAUCAUUUACUUCUAGCGUCAGGGGCAGGAGGAGGUCCACCGACCACGGCGGCCGCAGCGAAUUUGCGACUCGAGCAGAACCCGCAAAUCACCAUGUCGCCGAACGAGGUAACCCGGGUCAUCCAGACGGAAGCCCGGAACUUGCAGAAGUACGGGAUCACGACCGAAAACUUGAUCCGCCUCGCAACCACGACCACCGCCGCGGGGGGAAGCACGUUUUCUAUGUCAGGAGCAGCCGUCGAUCAAGCACACCAGGAAGGGGGAGGUGGGAUGUCACAGCUGCCCCCUGGAACAUCAAGUGGCACUGGUACUACGAGUACGUACAUCACCGCCCGUGAUCUGAACAUUGAGAAGGUGAAGGAAACGCAAGUUUCCCUGCUGGCCUACGCCCACAUCAUUCAGGGCCGGUUUGUCGACAGUGCCUGCAUGCUAUCAGAGUGCACAGCUCGUGGUCCCCUUGGUUUCUCGCGACCCCCCUCAUUUGUCUUGCAAAAUCGUAUACAUAGCGAUGUAGUUCUGCUAUGCAAAUUAUUUCGGAGGAGGUGGGGAAAUUUAUUGUGCGCUCUCAUACAUGCUCUGCUACAAGUUUCUGGUGCGGGACCUGCAGCAAAAGGUGCAAGCGGCGUUCCACGAGCUGUCCAUGGACCAGGACCGGUUGGUAUUCACAGGAAAUUUCCGUACAAAUAAAGCGUCUUCUGCAUCACAGACAAGACAGCGUAAAUUCCUUCAAUCCUAUUCAACAUGACAGACACUUGCAGUUGGUAUGCUCUACCUUCUUGGCGAAAUUUGUACUAUAUAUUUGUGGAGGAAAUUUGCAUUGCAUAGUUGGAGAUUGCCAUGGCCAGCGACCCGGAUGUCGUGCAAAGAAGGAAAGUGGUGGAAGAGUCUCUCUUCCGGCUGCAGACCUCCAUUCAGAAAUUGUCGAAAUGUGAAUGAUAAGAUAGAUAAUUGAUAAAGCAACAACAUUUUUGAUUGACGAUUGUGUUGUAGCUAAUGCUAAAAAAAUACUAUUACAAUACAACUAACUUCUCGUCAACGUCAUCAACUGCUUGGCUACAACAUCUUCAGGCCGGCGAGACUAGGAAAAAUGAAUUGGCGUGGACUCUUCUCCGUUUGCAACAUACGAGGAUCCUUCUGCAAUGUAUUUUUUGAUCCCCAGCAAAAGCUUCUAUAUCUAUCCGUUCCCGAUUCGGUCGCGUUUCUAGACGAAGCUCUUGAGUGCUACACGACAGUAAAGUUCUUCUUUAGCCCGGGCUUUCGACUAGAAGUUCCGCCCCCUGAAUUGUUCAUAUACACUGACUCUGACAUUUUUGUUGAAUUGCUUGUAGUUCCAUCUUCUGCAUUAGUCGAGGCACACCCGGACAGCCGUUUUUUUAUCCUUUCAAAAGUACAGACCUCCUCUAUUCGACGAUGGCGACUAUAUGAUUGUAUUACUCGAUCAAAGAGCAUUGAUUAUUGACACCGUACUUGAAGAUCCAUCUAGAUGUUUCUUCAGGUAAGAAAAUCACAAACAUUCAUUUGAUGCCGUGCCCGGGCACGGAAAGAAAGAAAGAAAAUCAUAAACUCA